GGGUCCGCUGUGUGUAGUUCAGCCUCUGUUGUUUAUGUUUCUAAUUAAUUAAUUAAUUAAUGCGCUGAUUGAUCAGGUGAUCGAUGAUGGACCCGCUCGCGGCUCUGCUGGAUGAGGUCAGUCUGGAGGGUCUGGACGGCGUCACCCUGGAGACGCUGUGGCUCCGGCUCAGCACGCGCCGGCCCGCGUUCCCCCUGCAGCUGGACCUGCGAGUCCAGCAGUACCUGUGGAACGUGCUCGCGUGCAGCCCGGACGUCACCUUCCACCUGCUGCCGCGAGCCCGAGCUCCGCUACACCUGUACGACAGAUUUUCUGAUAUAGAUCCUGAGACGGGGAUUCAGGAUGUUCGUCCUCUGGACACUAAGGCUCAGCUUGAGGACCCGUAUCCGGUCAGCGUGCUGGUGGACGAUCCGCAGGGCGUCCAGGGCUCCUGUCCUUAUUACAGAGAGAGGAAGGACAUCACUCACCUGGUCAGAACCAGCCAGCACACACCUGUCCUCACGCUGGAACAGGCGCAGAAGAAGUAUGGGGAGAAGCUGGUGAUAGUGGCGUCUCAGGAGUUCCGGUACCGCGCUCUGAUUGGAGACGAGGGAAACCCGGAGCUGAAGCUGAGCGAUUUCUCGUACUGCAUCCUGGAGAGACUGGGCCGAGCGCGCUGGCAGGGGGAGAUUCAGAGAGACCUCCACAUUUCAUCAUUCAAGUUGGACGCAGGGAAGGUGCAUUAUUUGAGAAAAUCUCUGGACAGAAACGGUCUGAUCACCAUGCAGUCACACGUAGUGCGGCUACCGACUGGAGUGAGACAGCACUCUAUACUACUGCUGCUCAAACGCUUCCACGUCGACAGGAGGAGUAAGUAUGAUAUCCUGAUGGAGUCGACCUCCAACCUCCUCUCAGAGCUGCCCAACAACAUCGGCAUCAUGCUCAGACUGCGUGAACAGCUGCAGGUGGGCGAGCACACGUUCAAGCGUGUUUAUCAGUACAUGCAGGCUGCGAAGAUGGUCAGUGUGUUGACCAUCCCCCUGCAGGAGCUGAACCCUGAAGCUGGACCCUGCAAGACCAAGAGAGGUACAGAUAUCCGGGUUCGCUGCCUGAAGCUCCUCAGGCCGUACACUCGAAAAGAAACCUACGAUGACGACGACGAUGAGAACAAUGAUGAAGAAGGCGACGGCCCCGUUAAGAGGAACGUCCAGGCUCAGGCUCGCGACAUCGAGCGGGAUCUGCUGACUCAGGCUUAUGAGAUCGUGGUGGCGACUGGUCCUAAGGGUAUUUCCCAGUCUGUACUGCGAGGACGGCUGAAUAUCGGAAAACUAGAGAGCCGUAUGGUCUGCAAGGUGUUGGAGAGGAACAACAUGAUUAAGGGAUUCAUGGAGGACGAAGGAAGGCAGAGGACGACGAAGUACAUCAGCAAGCUGUUUGUGGAGAAGAGCAACCUGAACCUGCGGUUCGCCAAAGAGCGCGAACGCAGCGAGAAGCUUCGAGUGCCCAAGAACGACAGUACGGACGACAGAAACAGACCCUGUCCGGACCCUGAGGACCAGGAUGAUACACUCCGUAAUGAUCCGGAGACCGAGCAGGACCCCCAGGAGGAGGAAGAGGAGGAGGGAGAGGAGGCACACAAAGGACAGAGGUCAAAGAGAAAAGCUGGGAAGAAAAGCAAAUCAACCAAGAAAGGAUCCCAGAGAGCAUCAACUCCCAGACAUUCUACGCCGCUCAGGAAAAAGCCGCCUCCCCGCAUUAAAGAGACUGACCAAUCCCUCCAGGAGGCGGAGCCUAGCGAAACUGGGAAGGGAGACGAUACGCUUGUGGUUCCCCAAGACCACACCCCCAGCAUCCCCCUCAGCCAAUCAGAAACCGCCGAUGACACAGUGACCGUCGUGGAGGAGGUCGUGGAUGAGCUGGAGAUGUCAGCGAAGAAAAGAGGACAUGAGCAGCACGAGACGUACCGGAUGCUCAAACGCAAAAACCUCAUUAUAGAGGCCGUCCGCAGCCUGAAGGUCAUCGAGGGUCUUUACACGCUACAGAAGAAGCUGAUGGACGAGGAGAAGCAGGACGGCGUGAGCACUAAAGUCUGUAAGAAAAGCAUCGUCAGGCUGACGCGCUCUUUAUCCAGAGACGGGUAUCUGAAACUGUUCAGAACCACAGUCAUACAGGACGGGGUCAGCAGGAAGGUGGAGUUCGUUGUUCAUCCCUCCAUCACUCCUGAUGACCCGUUGGUGAAGAGCGCGAUAGAGCAGGUCCGCUUCAAAAUCUCCAGUUCCUACACAGUGCACAGGCUGAAGAAGGAGGAGGAGAAGGCGAAGGCUCUGGCUCAGGAUAGUAAAGAUGAGCUUCAGAGUGAAUCUAAAAGUCAUCGGGGAAAAACAGAGAAGCAGAUGGAUGUUAAGGAGCUAAAGGACUUUAAACCCACCAUAGUUCCAGGACUCAGUCGCUCUCUGGGCUUCCAGCCGAAGAUGCCUCGUUUCCGGAUGGUCCACACCUUCCUCUUUUACCUUCUCAACGAACACCCAUUCAGGCAGACGGACUCUAAUGACCCCUCACUGACCACUGACCCCACUGUUACCAUCACCGCUGACCCUGAGGGGAACCCAGCCACCCCUUCGCCCAGUACAGAGAGGGACGGAAACACAGAGAACCCACCCACACCGGCAGAGGACGAGCAGUUUAAAGUGUAUGUGAAUGAGUUGAGCUGGAAGAGGUUUGUUCCUCCUCUGCCGGUGCACAGAGAGUUUGGUUACGGUUGGGCUCUAACCAGCGACGUUCUGAUCUCACUGCCCCUCAGCAUUUACGUCCAGGUCAUCCAGAUCAACUACAAGGUGGACGGGUUGGAGGAGUUUCUGAAUGACCCGGUGAAGCAGCAUUACCUCAUCAGGUUCCUCCCAUCCAACAUCAAAACACAGCUGCUGCACCGACGGAAGUAUUUCUUCAGCUUCUAUGAGAACCUGCAGAAGCUCUGCUAUAUGGGUCUCCUGCAGUUCGGACCCAUGGAGAAGUUCAUGGACAAAGAUCAGGGUUUUUUCUAUCUGAAGAAGCAUGCGACCAUCGUGGACACCACAAUGUGUGAGCCGCACUAUAAUCUGGCCAUAGAGACGCGUCCCUUCGACAGACGGCACUACACCUUUAACACCGCGCAGGAUGUGGAGAACUACUGGUUCGACAUGCUGUGUGUGUGCCUCAACACACCUUUAGGCGUGGUGCGUCCUCGCUCUCGUCUGUCUGACGGGGAUGGAGAUAGAGAGGGGGAUGAGCCAGAUGUCGCUGUAGGAGCUGAGCGCUACGAGAGACUGCAGUACACUCUAAAGGGCAGUUGUGAUGUAGUUGAUGAUGGCGUAACCCCCGGUGACGGGCAGGGGGCCGGAGGACUGGACUCUUCAUUCUUCAGUCACCUUAAACGCAACUGGCUCUGGACCACUCACCUGGUCAGCAAGCCUAAAAAGCCUGGAGACAGUCACACUGUGCGUCUGAGGAACCUGCUGUCCAAACACCCCCUCCCCAAAUCUGUGUGUGCAGCAAUCCAGGGUGGUGUGGGCGGCGGUACUGUGGCUCCCCCUGCUGUUCAAGAGGACGAGGUGCAGAUGGAUGUGGAGCCAGGCUCCAGAAACCUGCAGGUCCGUGGAGGAAAGAAAAACAAACGCAAGAGACAGAAGAAAGAGAGCAGCAAACCGGCUAAAAAGAAGAGGAAAGUGGUCAGUGUGAGAAAGCACACACUGUGUCAGGAUGAAACUGACCGCAAGGCUCUGUUGCGAAUGACCAGACAGAGGGUCACCUGGACGCACCUGGAGGACAGCAUUCUGAUGCUCUGCAGAGUGGCCAGCCACUUCCUCAACCGCAAGAUUAAGAAGACGUUUGUUGCGUGGAACGUGGUUCGUGAUAUUCUCCACUCUGAGCUAGAACUGUCUCUAGAUAAAACCUCGCUGUCAGUUGGGCGCCGUUCGCGCUACAUCAUGAAGAACCCGCAGACCCAGCUCAACUACAGGAUCUGUCUGGCUGAAGUGUACCAGGAUAAAGCCCUGAUCGAGACGUUCAUGAACAGAACCAACAACUACGACGACCCCAAGGUAUGUGCUGAGGAGUUUAAUGAGUUCGUGAGCGCCCUGAGAACAAAGUUCAGCUCCAGCUAUGGUUCCAGUGAUGUCGUCAUUCCAGAUACUAAAGAGGAGCUUUUUAACAAGUUUAAAGUGUACGUUAUCGGGGAAGAACCAGCGCCGAGAACCAAGGAUGUGCUCAGCAGCGUGGAGGAUAUUCACUCUCUGGUGCUGAAUAAUUUGAUCCAGAGCACCCUCGUCCUCUCCAACUCACAGAUGAAGACCUGCCAGUCCUUUCAGUCCUUCUCUCUCUACAGUAGAUAUAACUCCGAGGUGCUGCAGCAGGCCUUCCUGAACUGCAAGAAACGUGGACUGGUGAACCGGCGUCGGGCCAACAAGGUCCUCGGCCCGAAGAAGAGCAGAGCCGUCCCCUUUGUGCCCAUGUCCUAUCAGCUCUCUCAGCACUACUACAGGUAUUUCACAUGGCGUUUCCCGAGUACAGUGUACAAUGAGGUUUACGACUUGCUAGAGGUUCUGCGUCAGAAAGUCGGAGUGGAUCGGCCCAACACCUUCUCCUUCCAGCAAGAUAAGGAGAAGGAGGGGCAGAAGGAUGUAGAAGAGAAGGAAGAGGAGAGAGUAAAUGAAGAGAGUGAGAAAGCAGAGGAGAGGAAUGAUCGACUAGAAAAGGCUGAGGGACCAGGGGCUGGAGUGGAAAGACAACAGCAAGAGGUUCCUGGUGUAGACCCCAUCACACUCCCUGGAGAUGUGGAGCAUCCUGCUGUAGACCCUAAAGAGUCCCCUGGAGAUGUGGAGCAUCCUGCUGUAGACCCUAAAGAGUCCCCUGGACAUGUGGAGCAUCCUGCUGUAGACCCUAAAGAGUCCCCUGGAGAUGUGGAGCAUCCUGCUGUAGACCCUAAAGAGUCCCCUGGAGAUGUGGAGCAUCCUGCUGUAGACCCUAAAGAGUCCCUUGGAGAUGUGGACGAUCCUGCUGUAGACCCAGAAUCUCCCCCUGGUGGUGAGGAUUCUACUGUAGACCCUGCAUUACCUUCUGGUAAUUUAAGGGAACCUGUGCUAGACCCUCUAGCACCUCCUGGUGAUGUGGAGGAUUCUACAGUAGACUCUCUAGUGCCCCCAACUGAUGUGGAGGAUAUGCUAACAUUUCCCAUUGAUGCUCCAGGAGGGGCAUCGCUCUGCUGCCUCUCACUCAUGACUCUGGGGCUGCUUACCGUGGACGUGUCAAUACCACAGCAGGUCGUGGUGGUGGACAGUACACUGGUGGACAAUGACGUUGUCAAGAGUAUCACUAAAGAGCUGGAUGAGGAGGAGGAGGAUGAAGUAGAUGAUGAAAGGAGAGGACGUUUUGAGGUGAAAGCUCGCCAGGCCUCCCACACCAACUACCUGCUGAUGAGAGGAUACUUCGUCCCGGGCAUCAUCAGUUUGAGGAACAUGAACUCCACUGACCACAUUGCAGUCAACUCCUGCACUGUUAAGAUACAGCUACGACGUACGCCUGCACACACGCUCUUCAGAGAGGCCGACGGUGCUCUCUCCGUGGUGACUCGCUUGUCCGUUCCUUCAGUCCCGGCGUCGCUCUCGCGGGUGUUUAAGCAGCGGAGCAGUGCAAGUGAGCAGAGUUUUGUGGAUAAGUUUGUGCGCUCGUUGGGUUACAGCAAUGUGGACGUGGAGGCAGUUCAGGCCCUCAGAACUGCCGUGCAGAAGGAGGCGGAGUUUGGUAUUGACAGGUUGGAGCUGAGCAGGACGUUCUCUCACCUGGAACAGGUGGAGCACGGCAGGAGCAGAACACUACAGCAGUACAUACAGGAUCUGAUAGACGCUGAGGAGCUGCUGGAGGUGGGAGCUCUCUCCCCGCGGUUGAUUUAUGUGGACUCUGGCGCCCCCUGGCUGCUGCAGUGCCCGACGCAGGUGUGUGAUGAGCUGGUCCAGGCUUUCUCCAUCCCGGAAUCCCUGAAACGCAGGCUGGGAUUCUCCCGCCCUCAGCUGGACCCCCACGGACCCCCUGCGGCCAAGAGACCCCGACGGGCCAUGAAGACAGGCACUGUCAAAUCUGCUGCCGUGGAGACCAGUACUGUCACGUCUGUUACCAUUGAGUCAGCCUCCUCUGCCUCGGCCAAGACUGCUGCCUCAGAGACCAUUGAGCCUGGGCCAGUUACCAUGGAGAUCUCCACAGUCAAGUCGGCUGCUGUGGAAACUAUUCCACCUGAGACCACACCUGGGCUGGUCGCCAUGGAGACAUCUUCAGUCACAGAAGCCAUUGCACCUGCAGGGGAGUGUAGUGCUGAAAAAGUAGGAGGGGCUAGAAGUCUUCCUCCAGACCCGCCCUCCUCAGAAGCAGGACUGUGUGAUGAUGAAGGUUCUAGAUCGAAUGACAGUUCCCAAAAUACAACACAGCCUCCAGCUGCAGGUGAAGGAGGGGAUGUGAGGAGUUCUGAAGAGGAAGAGGUGUUGAGCUUUGUGGCUCGGCCGUGGCGCAUCGUGGACGGCUCUCUGAACCGGCCGGUCUGUAAAGGCAUGCUGGAGGCUUUACUGUUGCAUAUCAUGACAAACCCAGGCAUUCCUGAACCUGCACUGCUGCAGCACUACAGCGGAGUCCUGCAGCCUGUGAUCGUCCUCGACCUGCUACAGGUUCUGAUGGAGUUGGGAUGCGUGAAAAAGCGCUUUACUCUGAAUCGGCCCAAAGCCUCUCUGUUCUCUCGGCCCAGCGUCCCUGAGGUCAGAGGUCGGGGAGAGUUCGGCGUCGUGGAGGACGUGGUGGCCUUUUACGAGCCCACGGUGGACUGCAGUCUGAGACUGGCUCAGAUGUUCCCUCACGAAACCAACUGGAACAAAUGGGUGCAGCUCUGUGUGCGAUAAACGCACCCGAAUAUCGUUUAUUUUUAUAAGUUAUUUUCAUGUUUGCUUGUUUGUGUUUAUGUUUGCUGUUGUGGCACAAAACUAAUAAAGACUAAUUUUAUUU